UGGAAUGAUGAAAAAUCGGAAAAAAAACGUUUGGGUGCUCGUUCUCGGUUCACAUAGCAUAUCCCGUGGGUCGAAACGCGUAGGAGACUUUCAUAAGAAAAUAUCUACGUAGAUAGAAAAUAUUUAGGAAUAAAUAAUGAUAUUGUCUAUGCACAUAGAAAUAAGUUUUAUCGUGAUAUUCGAUAACGUACUAGGAAGCUAUGUAAUGAUUCUUAUGUGACAAGGAUGGCGUCACUCAAAAGUGUUCCACGAUCGGGUUUAUCGGACGUUAUAAGCUCCUUUCUUUAACGCGUGAAAAGAUUAUUUUUCUUUGUCAGGAGCCAUCCAUUUUAAUAGUUAUCAGGGAUGAAAUUUUGAAAUUUACACCGACGAUAUAAUACCGAUCGAAGGAUCGAUGGAAGGUCGGUUGAAAUAAAGUUGCGAUGCGAAGUGCUUCUCAUCGGUGAAUAGUCAACACACACAGUUCGUGGGUAUUUUCGCGUUGGUACGUGCCCGUGGGGCAGGUAUCAAUAAAACUUUAUGUUUUUUAAAGAAGAAAGUUGACGGGGAAGUUAAAUAAGGGAGAGAGAGAGAGAGAGAGAGAGAGAGAAUAUCGGUAUCGUGAUCUAACGCAACCGUACACGACAUACAUAUAUCUCGAAGAAAUCGAAGGAAAAAGACCGAGCUUACGAAUUACGACGGAUCCAGGAAAAAAAGUGAAGGAGAGUAUAUCGCGAUAAGCCUCGAAGGAUUUUGUUGUUUCUUCAUAAGUCGACGACUUUUUUUUAACUUGUGCAAGCUCGUUUAUGAUAUUGCGAUAAAUAACCAUGGAAAUAAUCGUAUUAAAGAGCUAACGGAGUCCUAUGAAAAUUACGUACCGUUUGCCACGCUGCUCGAUCAACAGAACGAUCGCCCAAAUACUCCGAAAAAUUUUGAGGUUAUGUGUUAUCGAGAUACACGAAUUACGUACUUUGAUUUUGAAAGCGUUAUUCGAAAGUGCAUUUUAUGAAAGCGUAAAAGAACUGGAUAUAAAUUUAACUGGAGCGAAAAAUAAAUCUUGUCUCAUCGUGAGUGCCAACCGGUUCACACGAAUGGAUGAUGCUUGGAGGCAAUGAACGGAAUGGAGAGACAUGGACAUGGACAUGGACACUCGCAUGCACACUCGCAUCGUCAUCGCCAUUCGCAUGGCAAUUCACAGAGUGCAUCACAAAAUUCAAAUCAAUCAUCGAAACAUGGUCAUGGUCACGUAACUCAUUCGCAGAAGGAAGCAUCUGCGCCGCAAGUAGCACAAAAACCAAGGAAUUAUAAAUUACUUGUCGAUCCGUUCUUAGUCAAAGGAGCUACAAAAUUGUACAGAUACGAUGGAACGGUACCAGGAGAUCCAACGUAUCCUGUGGUUCAACCAAGAGAUCCCAGAUCCCAGUUAACAAGAAUAUGGACUCGAUUAGAACAACUUGACUUACCUGUACCUAGAUUUAAAAUAGAUUCUAAUUAUUGCGGUGAACCUCCUCCGCUUGAGGUAACAUUUUGUCAUUUGAACGAUAAUAUUGAUAAAACAUUUUUAACGGACAUGGUUCAAAAGUUUGGUGCCGUAGAGGAACUUACUAUAUAUUACCAUCCAGUAACUAAUAAACAUCUUGGAAUAGCAAGAGUAGUAUUUGAAACUACAAAAGCGUCAAAAGCUUGUGUAGAAAAGUUGAACAAUACAUCUGUGAUGGGUAGGGUUUUAAGAGUAUUUCUUGAUGCUUUUGGAGAGGAAUGUAAAAAGAUUUAUGAAGAGUUAACCGUCGAAAAGAAACUAGAGAGAAAAGUUGAAAAGGAAAUAAAGUGCGAUGUCGAGCCAGAAAAGCAAACGCCAAUUGAUAAAGUUGUGCCUGAAGAAAGGGACGAUUAUAGAAAUACUAAGAAGACAGUUGCUAGUGUAGAAAAAGUUAGAGAUCCAUAUGUUGAAAAUUCAAGAUAUAACAAGUAUAGGGAUUAUCCUACACCUAGCGGAAGUACUGGCAGUGAUUUAGGUUAUGGCACAGCACCUAGCGAAUUAAAUUAUUCUAGCAACUAUUCCCAAAAUUCUACUCCUGCUGCCAAUUAUGAUUUUUAUUAUAGCGGUUAUCACCAUCAACCUUCGAAUAGCUAUUUAGCCAAUAUGCCACAGAAUGUAUCGCAAAAUAUUUCGAUGCAACAAAAUUCAAAUGUGUGGUGGAAUAAUAACUCUGGAACUGCUGGUUAUCCGUCUGCGUCCGUCUGGCCCGGUCAACAUGGAACAUCGAAUUUGGAAAAUCCGAGUUCUAAUGCAGCAUCUGUUGCUAAUAAAGGUUCUACCAGUAAAAGUCAACAUCAUACUCCUAAGAAGGAAAAGGAUAAUCAAAGCGUUAUAAAAAAUUCGUCUAGAGAUUCCCCUGUUGAAACUCGUAAAACAUUAGAUUUAGACACAAGAAUAGCAAUGUUAUUGAAAGAUAAGGCAGGUGGAAUGGCACCUCCAUUUUUACAAUUUGGCAGUGAUUCCGAGGAUGAUAAAAAAUCGCAGCACGGCGAUAACGAGAUGCUUUCAGACCCUCCAAGUCCAUUUAUCUCUCAUGAAGCAUACAAAUCUUGUUUUGAGAAAAUGAUGGAAAAAAACAAGGAAAGAUGGAAAAUACGAGAAAAUAAUCUAAAUCAAUUUUCCGUUGAUGAGGAAUUGGGUAGUGUUAUUAGUUCUAGCGAAGAUGAAGCAUUGCUUGGAAGUUACAGUCCAGCACCUGAUGAAAUUGAACCAGAACCACCUAAAGAACCACCACCUCCUCCACCACCCGAUGAUGACAGAAUGUCUUUGAGUCCAUUGAGUUCGGGAGAUGAAAAAAUUGAAGAGGUCAUUGCUCAGCCGGAACCUUCGAGUCACUUAUAUCCAGGACCUGGUUAUCCCGGUCAUAUAAGUCAUUAUCCAUCUGGAGAUGUUUACAGUUGGCCUAGACCAACCCAAUAUCCUUAUCCUUAUGGAACAACCUACUUACAAAGUCAUUAUCAACCUAACACAGGAUCAUUGUCGGGAACAGUCGGUAGUCAUCAAGGAACAAGUUAUUAUACAUCUUUCCAAUCUCGCUUGCAAGCCAUGGCAAAUCAUAAUAUUACUAAGGAUAAUCCACAGGGUCCUACCAUCAAUGGUGUGUUAAACAAAGUUGUGAAUGAAUUGAAACAAAUUUUAAAAAAAGAUUUUAAUAAGAAAAUGGUAGAAAAUACUGCAUUCAAAUUAUUUGAAGUUUGGUGGGAUGAGAAAAAAUCAGAAAAAAAUCAAAGUCAAGGAGGAGACAUCGCUGUUAUCAAUAAUACUAGUAAGGAAGAAAGUUCAAAGCCACAAGGACUUUCAUUACUUUUGGAGCAAGGAACACCAUUGGGUCUCAAUUACGAUGGAUUUGGUUUGGGUAUCAGAGCCAGUAUGCCAAAGAUGCCUUCAUUUAGGCGUAAAAUUAAAGCUCCGAGUCCCUUACCACAAGAUGAAGACAGUCGUCAGUCAGAUCACAUUGACACAGAAAUUAUAGAAAGUGAUAGUGAUUUGGAUCUACCACCGGUACAAAAAGUUAAACGACCAGUUUCUUCUCUUCCAAGUGGCUCUUCUUCCUCAUCUUCAUCUUCAUCUACCGAAAGUUCUAGCGACGAAGCUAGUUCCAGUGAAUCUUCUAGCAGCUCAAGCGAAAGCUCGGAUGAAGAAAACUUUGAAGAUGAGCAAGACUCGGACAGCCGCAUGUCCGAUCAUCGUCCUUUGGCUUGUAACAGCGAGGAUCCAGAUAUAUUAACAGAACUUGCAAUUCAAAGAUCUUUAGACUGUCCUACUCCAACGGGCAGAGAUACACCGCUACCAGAUAUAAAAAUAAAAGAUCAAAAUUCAAAUGAGUUCCCUCAAAUAGAUAAUGAAGAGAGCCCAUUGCCUUCUCCAAGAAAAUGUGAAAGUGAUAAAGAAACAGAUGACAGAUUGAAUGAUAGUUAUACAAAUAAAAUGGAGGAAGAACAAUUGGAAACAUUAAAGCCUAUAGAUGUUAAUGCGAACAAACCAAGGUUAGAGCAGGAUGUACAACAGAAAAUGAAUACAUAUAUUGGUAAGUUACCGCAGAAAGAAGAGAUUCAACAAGAUAUGAAAAAGAUGGAAAGUUCGGCUGCAGAAGCAUUAAUUACAUUGGCUGGACAAGAUAAUAUUAUACGGCAUAGAAGUCCAGGACCUAUUGAGCCUAAUAUUAUCAGAGCUCUUCAAACAAUGUCUGCCAAAUACAUAAAUGAUGAACCUAUUCUCAAGGAAUCUGAAAAAAUUGAAAUGUUCAGUGAAAUUCCUACUACAGAUUCGGAAGAGGAAAGCCUUGAAAUUAGAAGGUUAAGAUUCCAAGCAGAAGUAGAUCUUCGAUUGAAUGGCCAACAAAGCCCGAGCUCACCGGGUUCGCAAGCAUCUCAGGUCUUCAUGGAACACUCAUAUUCCUUACCACCGGCGCAACCGGAACCCGUGGAACCUGUUGCCCGUAUGAAUGCGCCACCAGUGAAGAUGAAACCUUCGAAGGUUGUCAAAUUAACGAAAGGAAAAGAUAAAGUGCAUAAGGUCGAAAAACGAAAGUUGAAUAAAUACUCGAAGAUGCAUGAUCUUCAGAAUCAUGAAGGUGAAAAGGAAAAUAUUCAAAAUGAAUAUGUUUAUGAAAGAUUCUCUAGGAAUAUCCAAGAACCACCAGUAGUGUAUAAAGAAAGAGAUUUAAUGUCAGAAAUGGGUAUUUUGUAUGAAUUUUUGACCAGAGGCAUAGAUGCAGAAGAUGUUGAAUAUUUAAGAAGAAGUUAUGAAGCUUUAUUAGCAGAUGACGCUCAGGGAUAUUGGUUAAACGAUACUCAUUGGGUUGAUCAUCCUGCAACUGAUAUACCAAGUCCAGCUAAGAGAAGAAAACGAGAUGAAUUAAGAUUACAUGCAACUGGAAGUGCUAGAACCGAGGGAUAUUAUAAAGUGGAUCUAAGGGAGAAAGCGAAGCAUAAACAUCAUUAUGCACAAAGCAUACAACGUUCUGAUGAUGUAGAAGAGAGUGGUGGUACUUAUACAGGAGGAGAUAGCGUAAUAAAUGGUCAAAAGGGUAAUACGAAAGCAUUAACUGGUAAGAUGCAAGCUUUGUCGCGAGAAGCACGAAGUAAUCAACGUCGUCUAUUAACUGCAUUUGGAAUAGACACAGACAGUGAUCUCCUUAAGUUUAAUCAAUUAAAGUUCAGAAAGAAACAAUUGAAGUUCGCGAAGUCUGGCAUUCAUGAUUGGGGCUUGUUUGCUAUGGAACCAAUUGCGGCGGACGAAAUGGUCAUAGAAUACGUAGGACAAAUGGUUAGGCCAGUUGUUGCCGAUUUAAGGGAGUCUCAGUAUGAAGCUACAGGCAUUGGUAGUUCUUACCUAUUUCGUAUUGAUCUGGAUACGAUCAUUGAUGCAACAAAAUGUGGCAAUCUAGCAAGAUUCAUUAAUCACAGUUGCAAUCCAAAUUGCUAUGCAAAAGUGAUUACUAUAGAAAGCCAAAAGAAAAUUGUAAUCUACAGUAAACAACCGAUAGGAGUUAACGAAGAAAUAACUUAUGAUUACAAAUUUCCCUUGGAGGAUGACAAAAUACCCUGCCUUUGUGGAGCUCCGCAGUGUCGGGGUACUCUCAAUUAAAAAGUUCAUCGAGCUACAUUGUUCAUCCCUCUUUCCUAUCUUCUACACUUCACCAUGUCCUGCUCAUAUUUUUGUAAAUACUUCUUCAUGUAAACAUUUUAUAAAAAUGCUAUCGAAAAAUACUAAAUUA